AUGGAAGAUUUUUUCAAAAAAAAAGAACCAAUAAUAAUUGAAGGAUUAACAAUAAUUGAAAAUGCAAUUGAUAAAGAAAUGCAUGACAAACUUUGGAAAGAAGUUAAUAAAGAGGAAUGGUUAACAGAUUUAUCAAGAAGAACUCAACAUUAUGGAUAUAAAUAUAAUUAUAAAUCGAGAUCAUUAAAAAGUGAAGAUAUUGCACCACCAUUCCCUCAAUGGGCAUCAGAUUUAUGUUGUCAUUUAAUGAAAGAAGGUUUAAUAAAUGAUUUUCCACAACAAUUAAUAGUUAACGAGUAUAAAGAUGGCCAAGGAAUAAGUGCUCAUAUCGAUUCAAAAAUAUUUGAUAAUAUUAUAUUCUCAAUUUCAUUAGGUUCAACAUGUAAAAUGAUUUUUAAAAAAUCAAUUCAACCAACAACAACAACAAAAACAACAACAACAACCUCUGAAAAGGCAGAAGUUUUAAAAGUUGAAAAACAAUUAGCACCACGUGCAUUUCUAUUAAUAAAAGAUGAAGCUAGAUUUAAUUGGACUCAUGAAAUACCAAAAUUAAAAAAAGGCCAACAUCGUAUUAGUUUAACUUUUAGAUUCGUUUCAAAACCACCUUCACCUUUAUUAAAAUCAAAAUUAAUUUCUAAUAAUAAAAAUAAUGAGAUAAAAACUGAAACUACUAAAACAACAACGACAACGACAACAACAAAAGAAAAAAUAGAAACCAAUAUUGUUGAUGAUGAUGAUGAUUGA